AUGGCGCCAAUCGCCAUCUCUCCCGAGCGGAAUGCCGGGCCGUUGAACACAUUGACCACCGACUUCGACGAUACAAUUCGCUUCUUCCUGAACGGCACACGAGUCGUCCUCGACGAGAUCGAUCCCGAAGUUACCUUGCUGGAGUACUUGCGAGGCAUUGGCCUCACCGGAACCAAGCUGGGAUGUGGCGAAGGCGGUUGCGGUGCCUGUACAGUCGUCAUCUCCCAGUUCAACCCGACAACGAAACAAAUCUACCACGCGAGCGUCAAUGCCUGCUUGGCUCCCCUCGCCAGCGUCGACGGCAAGCAUGUCAUCACCAUCGAGGGCAUCGGAAACACAAAGGCCCCUCACCCCGCCCAGGAGCGAGUGGCCAAGUCCAACGGAAGCCAGUGCGGUUUCUGCACGCCCGGCAUCGUCAUGAGCUUGUACGCCCUGCUGCGCAACAACCAGGCGCCGUCAGAAGAGGAUAUCGAGGAAGCAUUCGACGGAAACCUGUGCAGGUGUACCGGAUAUAAGCCCAUUCUCGAGGCCGCCCAGACGUUCAGCGUUGAGAGGGGAUGUGGAAAAGCGAGGACGAAUGGCGGCUCGGGCUGUUGCAUGGAGAACGGCAAUGGCGAGAAGAAAGCCGGCGGCUGCUGCAUGGACAAGAAGGCACUGGAUGAUCAACCUAUCAAGAGGUUUACGCCACCCGGUUUCAUCGAGUACAACCCCGACACCGAGCUCAUCUUUCCACCGAUGCUCAAGAAGCACGAACUCAGACCGCUUGCGUUUGGAAACAAGCGCAAGAGGUGGUUCAGACCCGUCACUCUCGAGCAGCUACUUGACAUCAAGAGUGUAUAUCCCUCGGCCAAGAUCAUUGGAGGCAGCACCGAGACUCAGAUUGAAAUCAAGUUCAAGGCCCAGCAAUACCCAGUUUCUGUUUUCGUUGGCGAUAUCGCGGAACUGCGACAGUACGAGUUCAAGGACGACCACUUGGAAAUCGGAGGAAAUGUGAUUCUCACUGACCUCGAACACAUCAGCCAGGAGGCCACGCGGCACUACGGCGAUGCCCGCGGUCAAGUCUUCGAGGCUAUCUACAAACAGUUGAAAUACUUUGCUGGAAGGCAGAUCCGAAACGUCGGUACACCAGCUGGCAACCUGGUAACGGCGUCACCAAUCUCCGAUUUGAAUCCUGUUCUAUGGGCAGCCAAUGCCGUUUUGGUGGCAAAGUCCCAGAGCAAGGAGACAGAAAUACCCAUGUCACAGUUCUUCACGGGCUACCGUCGCACAGCGCUUUCUCAGGAUGCCAUCAUUGCCUCCAUCAGGAUACCGGUGACGGCCCCUAAGGGCGAAUUCUUCAGAGCCUACAAGCAGGCCAAGAGGAAAGAUGACGAUAUCGCGAUUGUCACCGGAGCUUUGAGAAUUAAAGUGGAUGACGACGGCAUCGUGUCUGAAAGCAAUCUCAUCUACGGCGGUAUGGCUGCUAUGACAGUGGCUGCGAAGAAGACCAUGGAGUACCUGGUUGGAAAGCCCAUUGCUGAGCUGGAGACUCUUGAGGGAGCGAUGAACGCCCUCGGUACCGACUUCGAUCUGCAAUUCAGCGUUCCUGGAGGCAUGGCAUCAUACAGAAAGGCUCUAGCGCUCAGCUUCUUCUACCGUUUUUACCACGACAUUAUUGGCACGAUGAAUGGCGAAACACAGCAUGUCGACAAGGAGGCUGUCGAAGAAAUCGAGCGAGGCAUCUCCGGCGGCCAGGAAGACAUGGAUGCAGCCGUUGCUUACGAGCAGGAGACAGUCGGCAAAUCCAAGAGCCACGUUGCGGCAUUGAAGCAGGUCACCGGCGAGGCGCAGUACAUCGACGAUAUACCCGCACUGAAGAACGAGUUGCACGGAUGUUUCGUUCUUUCCAGCAAGGCACAUGCGAAAAUCAAGUCGAUUGACUACUCGCCUGCUCUCGACAUGCCGGGGGUAGUGGAUUACGUUGACGUCAACGAUGUUGACAGCCCUGAGCAGAACCGCUGGGGUGCACCGCACUUUGACGAAGCCUUCUUCGCCGAGGGCGAGGUUUUUACUGCCGGUCAGCCCAUUGCUAUGAUCCUGGCCACUUCAGCAACGAGGGCCGCCGAGGCUGCACGAGCUGUAAAGGUCGAAUACGAGGAGCUGCCUUCCAUUCUGUCAAUCGAGGACGCUAUCGAGAAGGACAGUUUCCACAACUACUACCGCGAGAUCAAGAACGGCGACGUCGAGGAGGGUUUCAAGAAUUGCGAUCACAUCUUCACCGGCACAGCUCGGAUGGGCGGUCAAGAGCACUUUUACCUCGAGACCCAGGCGUCAUUAGUUGUCCCCAAGCCUGAGGAUGGAGAGAUGGAGGUGUUCGCCAGUACACAAAACGCCAACGAGACACAAGUAUUUGUAGCUCGCAUGACUGGAGUGAAAGCAAACAAGAUUGUCGUGCGCGUCAAGCGGUUAGGCGGCGGUUUUGGCGGCAAAGAAACAAGAUCGAUCCAGCUCAGUGCCCCAUUGGCGCUCGCGGCGAAGAAGACCAAACGCCCGUGUCGAUACAUGCUGACCCGAGAGGAAGACAUGGUCACUUCUGGCCAGCGUCAUCCGUUCCUGGGUCGGUGGAAGGUGGGCGUCAACAAGGACGGCAAGAUCCAAGCCCUCGAGCUCGACGUCUUCAACAACGCAGGCUGGACGUUCGACCUGAGUGCGGCUGUCUGCGAGCGUGCCAUGUCACACUCAGACGGAUGCUACAAGAUUCCCAAUGUAUUCAUCCGCGGGCGGCUGUGCAAGACCAACACUAUGUCGAACACCGCCUUCAGAGGCUUCGGAGGCCCCCAGGGCAUGUUCAUCGCAGAGACGUACAUGGAGGAAGUUGCGGAUCGCCUCGGCAUCCCAGUUGAGAGAUUCCGCGAGAUCAACUUCUACAAGCCACUGGAGCCGACGCACUUCAACCAACCGUUGACAGAUUGGCAUGUGCCGUUGAUGUAUGAGCAGGUGCAAAAGGAGGCCAAGUAUGAGGAGCGAAGAAACCUGAUCCAAAAGUUCAACGACGACAACAAGUGGCGCAAGCGAGGGCUGGCAAUCAUCCCGACGAAGUUCGGUAUUUCGUUUACAGCCCUAUUCCUGAACCAAGCCGGUGCUCUUGUUCACAUCUAUCACGACGGUUCGGUUUUGGUGGCUCACGGUGGCACUGAAAUGGGCCAGGGCUUGCACACCAAGAUGACGCAGAUUGCGGCACAAGCUCUUCAGGUCCCAUUGGACAACGUCUUCAUCUCGGAGACAGCCACCAAUACAGUGGCGAACGCGUCCUCGACGGCAGCAUCUGCAUCGUCAGAUCUCAAUGGGUACGCCAUCUACAACGCAUGUGCGCAGCUCAACGAGCGGCUGGCGCCGUACCGCGAGAAGCUCGGCCCUGAGGCGACGAUGAAGGACUUGGCACAUGCAGCCUACUUUGACAGAGUAAACCUCUCGGCGCAAGGGUUUUACAAGACUCCCGAGAUCGGGUACACCUGGGGCGAGAACCGCGGCAAGAUGUUCUUCUACUUCACGCAGGGUGUGACGGCGGCCGAGGUCGAGAUCGACACCCUCACCGGCACAUGGACGUGCAUCCGAGCAGACAUCAAGAUGGACGUGGGCCAAUCGAUCAACCCCGCCAUCGACUACGGGCAGAUCCAGGGCGCGUUCGUACAAGGUCUCGGACUGUUCACGAUGGAGGAGUCUCUGUGGUUGCGUAACGGGCCGAUGGCGGGUAACCUGUUCACGCGCGGGCCGGGAGCGUACAAGAUCCCCGGGUUCCGCGACAUACCGCAGGAGUUCAACGUGUCGCUGCUCAAGGACGUGGAGUGGAAGGACCUGCGGACGAUCCAGCGGUCCAGGGGUGUGGGGGAGCCGCCGCUGUUCAUGGGCAGCGCCGUCUUCUUUGCGAUCCGCGACGCGCUCAAGUCGGCGAGGAGGCAGUACGGGGUCGAGGCGACUGUCGGGGAGGACCGGGUGGGCGACGGCUUACUCAGGCUCGAGAGCCCGGCGACACCCGAGAGGAUUCGGCUAAGCUGCGAGGACCCGAUCAUGAGAAGGGCGAGGGUGCUGCCGAAGGAGGGGGAGAAGAGCUUUUUUGUGGCCAUUUAG